UCGGUGCGUUUCGACAAACUGAAAUGUAUGUGCGGUCAAUACCAAAUGCAAUCUAUUAUUACUUUGGGACAAUGUGAUAUCCGUCUUUUAUCUACAGUUUGGUGAAAUUCCUUCCAAGGUUCCACCCGUCGCUUUUUGCUGGGUUUAUUUUCUUGUGGACUAGCUUAAUUAGCUAUAUGGCGCUGUUGUUGAGAGUGGUAACCUAGCAGCCAAAAAAGCUUCCACAUCAUGGAAACCUCAGGGUGGCUGGUUACUGUCAUUGUAAUUUAACGCUGUAAUUUAUAUUCUGUCAUAUUUCGUUCAUUUUGCUGAACGAUGUUGAAUAAUAACAGACAUUUGGGUUAUAGGUUUAACUUACAAAUAGCAGCGUCUGCCCAGCUAAUUCAUGAAAAACUGAAGAUAACUUGGUCUGCGAAUUCCUCGCAACAAUUUGUGCAGUACCGUUAACGGUAACAUGUAGCUAGUUACCUAAAUGCCAUCACAAAUAUAGCUUAGCUAAGUUUAGUGUCGCGUAAAAUCAAAAAAUAAUGCAACUUUUGUGGAGCGCAGCAAUGUUUAGCCAUAGCUUCCCAACUACAAUGAGCUUGCUAGCCAGCUAACACUAACAUUGUGUAGCAAGUUAUUACUACACUGUGCUCAAUUCCUGGUAAAGUCUUAACAGUCACGUAAUGGCAAAGAUGCCUGCUGCUCUUGAGUGGGAUAAAGUCAUGAGACUUGAUCCAGUGAACCUUGGUGACGGUGAAAAAGACCAAUUGGACGAAGUCUUCGACAUGUUCAUUUCGACAGAAGAAUGGGAGGUGGAGGAUAAAGCCCCAGACGACAUCAUUCAAGUUCUCAGAAUGUUUCAAGCCCUGUUGAAGAUGAAGGAUCAAGAACUUAAUGUUGCCUUCAACUUCAUUGAUAACGUUGGUGUAGAGCAUGCUAAAACUGAAAAGGAACUCCUCACCAAGGUGUCGAGGCUGGAACAAGAGUGCAAGGCUCAGCACUCCGGCACAGGGCCAGACACCCGCUUUCUGAGAGAUGAGAUUCGGCAGCUCGAGACCCAGCUGGAUCAGAGGGAGAAGGAGUUGACCCAAUUAAAGAAAGAAAUGGGGAAAGAAAAAAAAAUCAACGAGGAGUUGCUUGUGCGAGCAGAGGAGGCUGAAGAUGAGGUCAAGAAGCUGAAAAGAGAGAUAAAAAAGCUUAAGAAAAAGAAUGAGCAGCUCCAGCAGGAUGUGGACUUCUAUCGUGGAGAGCUAGACCAGAAAGAGCCAGUCCCAUCUAGAGAUGAGAACGCCGAGACCCAGAGGAAGCUCAACUUGGCCAACCGGCAGCUCUACCAGUGCCUGGAAGACCUUCAGCAAGCCGAGGAUGAAAACUUACACCUUAAGACCCAGAAUGAACAGAUGCAGAAAAGCCUGGAGGAGUCGGUGAAGGAGAUGGAGAAGAUGACAGACGAAUACAACAAGAUGAAGAUCGUUGUACAGCAGACUGACUCUAUUAUGGACCAGCUCAGAAAAGAGAGGGAUCAUGCAAAGCUACAAGUCAGAGAGUUAACAGAUAAGAUUCAUAGCAUGACUGAGGAGGAUGACCCAAUAAUGGCUGCCGUCAAUGCCAAAGUGGAGGAGUGGAAGAGAGUGCUGUCUGGGAAGGACGAUGAAAUUUUGGUGUACCAGCAGAUGAUCCGCGAUCUGAGGGAAAAGCUUCGUUCUGCCCAGUUGGACUUGGACAAGAGCAACAUUAUUGCCUUGCAGCAGGCCGUCCAAGAGAGAGAUAAUCAAAUCAAGAUGCUGAGUGAGCAGGUGGAGCAAUAUACGGGGGAAAUGGAGAAGCACACCCUGCUCAUUGAGGAGCUAAAGACAUCCACAAAGAAAGAUCGAGGCCUACCAUCAGCCAUACAGCAGAGAAAGAUGGAAGAGCUGAAGUCCAAGCUGGAAGUUGCAGAGACCAGAGCAGUGGAAGCAGAGCAGGCGGUAAAGCUUGCUGAAGCUCAUGCUGAGGAAAAAGACAAAGCACUCAUUGAGGCCUCUAACCGCUUGAGCCAGUAUGAGUCUGGCACUUAUGGCCUGGAAGCAGCCAUUGUGGAGAUCAAAGAGUGUAAAAAUCAAAUUAGAGUGAGAAAUCGUGAGGCAGAGGCCAUGACCAAAGAGAUCAACCAGCUUGAGAUGAGAAUCAGUGACCUCAUGGACGAAAAUGAGGAUUUCCGACAAAAACUAGGUCUGGAACCAAAGCAGGAAGUGGAUCUGACAGAGUUCAGGCGAGCCAAAGAACUCAGGGAGCGGCAGUACAAAGCAGAAAACCAAGUCCUUACCAAAGAGAUUGAACGGCUUGAAGAAGAGAGACUUGAGCUAAAGAAACAAAUCAGACGCAUGGUGAAGGAUAGAGGGAUCCCACAGUCAAACUCUCUGCUGGAGGAGGAUGUCGGCCCCAGCAGAACUGGACAGCUGCCAUUUAAACAAAGCAGCACUUACACAGAUGAAGAGAUCCGACGCAAAAAUGAGUACCUGGAAAAAGAACUGAGCAACAAGGACAGAGAACUGGAGCUUCACAAGACCCAGUUUCAGGUCAAAUUGGAUGAGCUGUCAAAAGUGAAAAGAGACCUCGAGUCUGCACUGCAAGAUGUCCUCCAGGCCAUGAGGAUUAACCAAGGGACCCCACCAUAUGAUGGUGCCAUAAAUGUUCCCGGACUGGAAAAGUUGGCUGAUGCUUUAGAUCUCAACACCAUGAGUGGGCAGUCUGAGACAGCCCUGCACCUCAAGCCCCAAAUACAUCAGCUGGUCGGGAGAAAUGAAGAACUGAGGCAGGAAUUGAAAUCAGCCCGGGAGGAAGCAACCAGCAGCUUCAGUCAGCUUGCCAGAGCCAAAGAAAAGGUAAGCAAACUGGAAAGUGAACUGGAGCUGCUGAGGACGUCAGGCAGCAGUGGAGUCGUCCUCCGACCUCUGACCCUGCCCGAGGGCCUGGGGCCCAGCAGCACUGAGGUCAUCAGUUCUCUGAAUGAGUACACUGUUCGACUUCUUCAGGAGCUCAAAAACAAGGAGGAAAAAAUCAAGAAACUUGUAGGAACACUGGAGGAAUACAAAGAGAAGUUUUCUGUUAUUAGCCACCAGCAAGGACUGCUCUAUAAAGAAUACCUAAGCGAGAAGACAGAGUGGCAAAAGACGAAAGAGACUUUUGCAGAGACGAAGAACAAGCUGGACGAGCAAAAACAGGUGGACGCCAUUAAAAUCCAAGAGUUCAACGAGCUGCUUGACACCCUUCAGAAGGACCCGGAUGAAAUCAAGAGGCAGCAGAGUGAAGCAAUACGCAAACUGACUGUGCUGAAGGUUAAUGAGAAGAAAAUGACACGGCGCUACGUCACCCUGCUGGAGCAAGAACAGCACCUCCGCAAGGAGAAUGGCAAGCUAAGGGAUGAGAGCAGCCACAUGCAGGCCUCUGUCACCCAGAGGAUAGGUUACCUGCAGAGAUACAAGGAAAUGGCUGCAUAUAAGAUAGCAGCCCUGCAGAAGGCCUUGGAUGACAGUGUGCCCUCAUCAGACCUGGAGAAGGCUAACAGACAGUACACAGAGCUAACAGUCAAGUACAGAGACAUGCUACAGAGGGACAGCCACCUGAUACAGAGAACCACCAACCUCGAACAUCUGGAGAGUGAAAAUCAGUCUCUUCGUGAGCAAAUCUCUGCCAUUAAUAAAGAACUUGAGAUCACAAAGGAGAAGCUGAAUACUUUAGAGCAAGCAUGGGACAGCAUCAGUGCAACUGGAGGUGAAAGUAGCAUGGAUAAGGCAGACAAGGCGUUGGCCAACAAUGAGAUGGUGUCUGCUGCAAGGCGAAUCACCACUCUCGAGAUGAAGGAGCUGAAUGAGAGGCAGAGAGCUGAACAUGCACACAAAAUGUAUGAACAAAUGAGAAGCUCUCUCAGGCAGGUGGAAGAACGGAAUUUAGAGCUCGAGUCCAAGUUUGCAGAGUUGAACAAGAUGAAUGUGGAGGCCCAGAGGGUGGAGCGGGAGCUGAGAGAUGAGCUGGCAGACAGUAUCGGCAAAGCUGUGAGCGAUGCUGACAGAGCCAGGAUUGCAGAGUUGGAGAAGGCCGAGGCUGAGCUCCGCAUUGAGGUUUCAAAGCUUCAGGAGGUGUCUGACGUGGCCAUGAUGCAGGCGUCUGCUCUGCAGGCUCGACAACAGUCCAAAGAGAAGGAAGUAGAAGCUUUGAGGAGACAAAUACUGGACUACCAGUCGCAGUCAGAUGAGAAGGCCCUCAUUGCAAAGCUCCAUCAGCACAUUGUGGCUCUGCAGCUCAGUGAGUCAGCUGCUUUGGCCAAGCUGGAGGCCGCCACAUCACACAUCCAACAGCUGGAGGCCAACAAGCUGCGUGCUGAACAGCGGCUGGACGCCAGUGAGCGCACUGUGUUUCUCGCCCGGCAGGAGGGCAGCAAUCGCUCCAAGCACCUGCGGCAGACUAUCCAGUCACUACGCCGGCAGUUCGCCGGAGCUCUGCCUCUACCCCAGCAGGAAAAGUUCUCUGUGACCAUGGUGAGCCUUCAGGAGGACAGAGCAAAAGCCCAGGAGGAGAAGAAGAAAGCUGAGGAGGAGAGGAGGAGGGCAGAAGGCAGGACGGAGGAAGUGGAACUGAGACUUAGAGGCCUGGAAGAACUCAUCUCAACACUGAAGGAUGUGAAAGGGGCCCAGAAGGUAACUGAGUGGCACAAGAAGAUGGAAGAAGCUCGUCUGCAGGAGAUGAGGAAGGGCAGGGAGCUGGUGGUCCAGAAGGAGGAGAUCAGGUACCUGAAGAACCUGGUGGAAGAGCAGGAGCGAACCAUCCGCUCUCUAGAAGAGGAUAUUGUGCAGCAAAACAUGCUUCAAGAUGAGCGCCAGCUUGCAUGGGAUCAGCGAGAGGUGGAGCUGGAGCGCCAACUGGACCAGUACGAGAAGCACCAGAAUGAAAUUCUAAGCAGUACUGAAAAGUAUGAGGAUGGUACCGGAUCCCUACCAGACCCGAGUCUACCUCUUGCUCAUCAGUUAGAGUUUGCUUUGGGUAAAGUCAGAGAGCAUGUCCGCACCAUCUUAGACACACAGGCCACCUGCAGAAGUCUGGAUGAGAAGUUGAAAGAGAGAGAAGCAUCUCUGUGGAAGGCAGAACAGAACAUCGUCUCCAGGGACAAAGUGAUCAACGAGCUGCGUCUUCGGCUUCCAGCUGCUGCUAACAGAGAACGCCUGCUCGCUGACCUUGCCAAGCAUGACGAGGGCCAGUCAGACAGUCAACCUGCCCUAAAGCUGGCUCACCAGACCAUCAAGGACCUCCAGGGUCGACUUGACAAAAAAGAGGAUGUCCUAAAGAAAUACCAAAACCAGUUGGCUCAAGCCAGACAGGAUCAAGAGGACAUGAUAAAGAGACACCAGGAGGAGCUGAGAACGCUGCAUCAGAAGUUGGACUUGCACACAGACACCUCCCUGGACCGCUUUAAACAGACAGCAAUGGAAUUGAUAAAGAAGUCGACUAUCAGGGUGCCGACCACCAAACAUCUGGAGCGUCUGGCUGAGCUGGAGCAGACGGUUGCUGAACAGGACAUCUCGCUGUCCUCCGUCACAGAGAAGCUGAAUCUGACCACGGCUCAGCUGGAGCGACAGAGGGCCUUCACGGAAACACAGACUAAGAAACAUGCUGAUGAAAUAUCAAAGCUGGAGGAGUACCAUGCUGCCCAGGUGAAAGCUCUGACUGGUGAGACUGAGGAUCAGAGGAUCCAGAUGGCCCAGAUGGAGAAGGAGAUGAACUACCUCCAGACAGAGCUGGCAGCCCAGAAGGAGGCCAACGUCCGCUCCCCCAGCAACACCAUGAAAAACCUGGUGGAACGACUGAAAGCACAGCUCACCCAGAAAGAGAAACAGCUCAAGGCUCUCAGUAAGGCUCUGCUGGAGCUGCGGGCGGAGAUGACGUCUGCUGCAGAGCAGCAAGUCAUAGCCAGCGCUGCCCAAAGAGAGGAGAGUCUGAAUGUACAGAUGAUGGUUGACAGACACACCAAAGACCUAAAGGUGCGGGUGCAAGAACUUAAUGAAGACCUUCAAGCUGCGAAAGAGUGUGCCAAAGCAGCCAGAGGCCGAGAGAACACCCUGAAAGAGGAACUGGACGGCCUCAAUCAGGACCUCCAGAGGAGUCAGAAAACACAGAGACGCCUGCAGGCUGAAAAGGAGGAGAGAGAGCAGGAAAUCCAUGAGCUCAAGCAGCAAGUCAAGAGGCUCAGCAGCGUCCUUCAGAAUCAACCAGAAACAGAUGGGAAAAGCCCAAUCAUCGAGAAUCUGCAGAAGAAGAUCAGGAGGCUGGAGUCUGACUUGGAGAAAAGAACUGAAAUUAAAAAUGUUAAAGAUGAUCAUGGAAAGGCCAGAGACGAACUUGUGCGUUGGGAGGAGGGUAAGAAAUUGCAGGCCAAGAUGGAAAAGGUGAAGAAUUCACUGAAGGAGAAGGAACGAGAGAAUGAAUCCCUGUCGAAACAGCUCAGCACUGUCAAAGACCUGUAUGCUAGGCUGGAGCAAGAGAAGAGUGCACUGCAGAAAAGGCUGAAGGCUCGUGGUGUGACUGCUGAUCAGGUGGUGGGAGUGCGAUCCACUGAAAUGGAGAAGGAGAUAGAGGAGCUGAAGAAGAAGAACUCAGAGCUGGAGACACAGAUCCUCACCAUAAAAGAGCACCAGGCUUUACCUCGUGAUGACGCCAUGGAGAAUCUGACCCUGAGGAACCGCUACCUGGAGGAGAGAGUCCACUCCUUAGAGGGCCAGCUAUCCAAAGAGCCUUCAUCAAGACCCUCUGGAAAAAGCUCUUCCUGUGCUUUGAGAAGGACUUGUUCUGUUGGUUUUGAUGUUGAGGAUGAGUCAUGCGAAGGGAAUGCAGCAUCCUGUCCUGCUGAAGUCUACAUGUGCUGUGAAGCUGUUGAAGACCCCGCUGACCAACAGAGGGAAUCAAAGCGAAGCCAGACUUCAGGACGAGGCACUGGCACACCCUCACAAAGAGAUCAGGACCUCCAAAAAGAAAACCUCAAGCUGGCCUCUGAGAACCUGGAGCUGCGCUUUCAACUGGAGCAGACCAACAAAGACUUACCAAGACUCAAGAAUCAAGUUGCAGACCUCAAGGAGAUGUGCAACGUGUUGAAAAAGGAAAAGGCAGAUGUUGAGAAAAAGCUGGCACAUAUACGUGGAGCUGGACGCAGUGGUAAAACAGUACCUGAGCUGGAGAAGACCAUUGGGUUGAUGAAGAAGGUGGUAGAGAGGGUGCAGAGGGAAAAUGAGAUGCUAAAGAAAUCCAGCACACCUGCAAAUCAAGACAAGAUUGCUGCCUUGGAGCAAGAAAACAUAAAACUAAGGGGUGAUUAUGAGAAACUGAAGAGUCAAAGUGAGGCAGAGCUGAGUUCCAAACUUGAAUCUAAAACUAAAGGACUGGAGAAAAUAGUCAUGGAAAAUGAACGUCUGCGCAAGGAGAUCAAAAGGGAAGUGGAAGCCGUAGAGAGGCUGAGAGUGACCAAGACGAAUCUGGAGGUGGCCAAUGAGAAGCUCGAGGCAGAGCUGGAGGAAACGAAGCACAGACUGCACGCCGCUCUGUCCAGACCCAUCACAGAGGGAGCGGACAGUAAGACCUGGAAGGCAUCUGUGCUUACAAGAAUGUUUGAGAACAAGAUGAAGGAGCUGGAGAAGGAGCUCUCCCAGAAGAGCUCCAGUCUGUCCGAGCACAAAAAGCAGCUGAAGGAGGUGAAGGAGCGCGAGGAGAGAGCGCAGAUCAGCGUCCGGCAACUUGAAGAUCAGGUUGACAUGUUAAAGAGAUUUCCUACUGCUGCAAAGACAGGAGAAGGACUCACCAAGGAGUUCCAGACAAUGAGAUCGGUAAACACUGAGCUGCAGAAGGAGAACACAGAACUGAAACAAAGGCUGAACGAGUACAGUGAGCGAUAUGGUGAAACAUCUUCGAAACAAGACUACGGGAAGCUCAGAAACCUUCUGCAGACGGCCGAAACGGAGAAAACUAAACUUCAGACUGAGGUGAAAAAGCUGAAGAAAGAACUGGAGAGCUUUGACCCGACGUUUUUCGAAGAGAUUGAGGACUUGAAGUAUAACUACAACUUAGAGGUCAAGAAGAACGUUCUGCUGGAGGAAGAGCUGAAGAAGGUGUGUGAUCAGUUUGGUGUGAAGGCUCAAAUUCCCAGUGUGCCCAUCAGUUAACUCGGGGUUACUGUGCCUUUCAAUGGAGCCGGGAACGUUAAAGCCACACACAGAUGUACUUUUAUGGUCGGCUGGGUGUCAUCCCUCGAUACAAAUCAGUCUGGAUCGUUUAGUAUUAAAAACAGUCAGGCCAGUAAAGAGGCGCAGAUGGAAUUUCAGGGCGAUAACUAUCUGAAUAUCAUCUAUCUGUUGUGGUUGAGACAGACACGAUAACAGAUGUUAACUUUAAAAUAUAAAAAUGUGAAGAAGACAAUAUAUAUUUAUAUGAAUUUUAGGUGUGUAGAAGUUUAUUUUUUUAAUAUAUUUAGAGAGCCUUCAUCUACCCUAGAAUAAAAAAAUAUUUUUUGUAAACUUGUUUAGAAUAAUUUCGGUUUAAGACUAAUUGAUGCCAGACUUUACCUUCUUUUUGACAAGCGUGUAUAGGCUGCAAAGCCAUUAGAAUAACUUCAUGUACUACUGUUCAGACAGCUACAAGCCUUUAACAAUGAACUGGCUUACAUUAGUGUCCAUUUUUAGCUCAUUCUUUACAAUUAGCUUUAGCAUAUCAACUUCAAAUACCAUAACAAUAUAUCAGCCACACAUAUAUGGCACAUCCCUUCUGAUGAGAUUUUUAAUCUUGUUUAUUCUUCAUCAUUUGUUUUUCUUGAAUAGUUCCUGGUUUACAGCAGAAUUGCCAAUUUCUUUUAUUUAGGCUGCUGUGUUGAGACAAAAUUUAAUAGUUAAAGCUUAAGUUUCAUUAAAAAAAGAGUUUUUUAAUAGGUUGUUUCAAUUUGUAUUGGCACUGAUAGAGAAUUUCCACAUGUCCAGUCCUGAAAUCUCUGUAGAUCACAGAAAAAUGAAGCUUUAGUGCAAAGAUAUUUGACAUUAAUAUUGAUAUCGCAGCUAUCUAACUAUCCGCUGAUUGGUUUUUAGGUAAUACAGCUUCUGUAAAGUGAUGUAGCUCCGUCAGUUUCUUCCAUAAGGCAGCUGUUUUUUGUUUUUUUUUCAUACUAAAUUCUUGCUUUGGUGAUAUAAUCCACUGUGUUGCGUAUUUAUUUCUUUAUAUUUGUAUAGUUUUGACCGUGUUUCUUUGUAUUUGUCAAUAAAGCAG